CCGAUAUAUUCCGCUACUCAUGGAUACUGGGUUCAGUUUCGGUUACGGAAUUUUUGGUAGGGAUUUUUAGGACCUAUUCGAUUAUUUCUAAAAACUGGUUCGGGUUCGGUUUGGAUAUUUUUCGGAUCGGACCAAUUCGACUAAUCGGUUCCGGUUUCUUUCCCGGGGCAAGGUAGAGCUAGAGAUUUCGAAGAAGAAACGAAAGGGAGAGAGAGAGAUAGACAAGUUCCGCGAUGAACGAAGGCUCGAGCGAAGAAGUAACGAGGACGGUAAUGGAAGAGAAACCAGAACAGAAACAAAGAGGAUCUCUGGAGAAAGGAAGAUCGUGCAAAGGCUAUUUAUAUUACUCUUCCACUCUCAAAUCCAAGUCUAAGAACCCUCGCUGCGUCGGAAUCCCUCGUACUCUCCGUCAAGUUCCUGAUUAUGUUGUUGGACAAUCUGAAGCUGAAGCUUCUAAAGAAGGAAGGACCUUAGCUGAUUUUUACUAUGGAUGUUUGGGUUAUUCCGUCUACAUGACUGAUAAAGACUCAUCUGCCAUUAAGCAACAUACAAAGACUCAACUUCCCGUUUGUGUCGGUCUUGAGAUAUUAGCAGAUAGAAGAGCAGCUUCUGGCAAUACUUCAUCUGUUCCAGCCCGUGUCCAAAAUAGAAAAGAUUCUCGGGAGGUGCCUGUGCCUCAGCACCAGAACAAUAAACCAGCCUCUGCCACUGCCACUGCCACAAACACAGAAAACGGCUUCUUAACCAGGUUCACAAGAAACGCAAACCUGGUUGCAGCAGGGGUGAUGAAGAACAUGAAGAGAGUUGGUAACUAUGUGAAAGAAACUGUGGAUGAUUCCUUGGACCCAUAUCGCAAGCGACCAAAAUAAAGAAACUUUUUACAUUAGAUGUGGAGACAACAAACCCAAAAAAAAUGACCGACAGACGACAGGAUAUGAAAUCUUAUUUGACACUUUUUUGGAUUCUCUUGAAUCAUCAAAAUAAUAAAAUCAACAAAAAAAAUGGCUGUAUGAUUUGUUUAAGCAGGCCAUGUCCCAAAGUAAUAUGUACACCUUCCUCAGUUCUGGUUUACUGAUAAUAUUCAUAUCCCAAUGAGGUUCACUUUUAUUACAUAUGAAAUAUCAAAACAUUUCUAAGACUUUGUUCUUCAUGGUGAAGACUAAACAUAAAAUAUGAACUCUGC